AUGAGUUUCUGUCCGUGUUUUGGCGAUGAAAGAUCCGAACCGCCACUAGCGGACCGUGACCCGGUUCUACUUGUCUCAGGCAUGGGUGGCUCCAUUCUCCACUCAAAGCCCAAGAAAUUCGGAUUAACCACUCGUGUUUGGGUCAGAAUCUUCCUCGCUGACUUAGAAUUCCGAAAGAAGAUUUGGUCACUUUACAAUCCCAAAACAGGUUAUACUGAAACUUUAGACAAGAAAUCUCUUAUUGUUGUUCCUGAUGAUGAUCACGGUCUCUAUGCAAUUGAUAUUUUGGAUCCAUCAUGGUUUGUAAAAUGUGUGCAUUUGACAGAGGUGUAUCAUUUUCAUGACAUGAUUGACAUGCUUGUUGGAUGUGGGUAUGUUAAAGGAACCACUUUGUUUGGAUACGGAUAUGAUUUCAGACAAAGCAAUAGGAUGGAAAAGUUAAUGGAUGGCCUUAAACUCAAGUUGGAAACUGCUUACAAAGCCUCUGGUGGAAGAAAAGUCAAUAUAAUUUCACACUCCAUGGGAGGGGUUAUGAUCUUGUGUUUCAUGUCACUUUGCAGAGAUGCAUUUUCAAAAUAUGUGAAUAAGUGGAUUGCCUUGGCCUGCCCUUUCCAAGGAGCCCCAGGGUGCAUCAAUGAUUCUCUAUUAACUGGAUUACAAUUUGUUGAGGGCCUAGAAAGCUAUUUUUUUGUAUCAAGGUGGACUUUUCAUCAAUUGCUAGUCGAGUGUCCAUCAAUCUAUGAGAUGUUGGCAAAUCCGGAUUAUAAAUGGAAAAAGAUGCCAGAAAUUAAAGUUUGGCGAAAGCUUACAAAGGAUGGGAAUGAACACAUCAAUUUGGAAUCUUAUGGACCAACCCAGAGUAUCUCUGUAUUUGAAGAAGCGCUGAGGCACAAUGAGCUAAAGUAUAACGGGAAAUCAACACCAUUGCCCUUUAAUACAACUAUCUAUAAAUGGGCUACUGGAACUCGUCAAAUUAUAAGUAAUGCUAAACUACCAAACGGAGUCUGCUUCUAUAACAUUUAUGGAACAUCAUUUGAAACACCUUUUGAUGUUUGCUAUGGUUCGGAAAAAUCUCCAAUUGAGGACUUAUCUGAAAUAUGCAAGACAUUGCCUCAAUAUUCUUAUGUUGAUGGAGAUGGAUCAGUUCCUGUUGAAUCUGCCAAGGCCGAUGGACUUGAAGCUGUUGAAAGGGUAGGAGUUACUGCUGAUCACCGUGGAUUAUUAAGAGACAAAACUGUAUUUAAACUUAUUCAGAAAUGGUUGGAUAUUGAGCCAGUGGUUAGCAAGCAAUCUAAAACAUCAAAAGUAGCAGAUGCGAAUACAAUCAAUCCUAUGCUUCUCUAA